AUGAAAUUCUUCUAAAAUAUAUUUACUUUUACAAAAAAAUUAAUAAUAAUAAAAAAAUUUUAAGAACCAAUAAUUCAUUAAAUUUAUUAAAAUAAUAAUGUAUUCAAUGAAUUAAAUUUUAAACAUAUAGAUAUAAAUUUACUUAUUUCUUUAUAUGAAAAAAAACCAAAUAAUCUAGUUUUAGAUUUAGACGAAACAUUAAUUCAUUCCAAUAUUAAAUAAUUAAAUUCUUAAGGAUUUAAAAUAUUUAUAGAAAGCAAGAAUCAAAUAAAAACAUACUAUCUCCAUAAAAGAUAAUAUUUGGAAUAUUUUUUAAUUAAUUCUGCAAAAAACUAUAAUAUAUAUAUAUAUACUUCCUCUUAAAGUAAUUAUGCUGAAGAAGUUAUUAAGCAUAUUGAUCCUUUGAAUAUUAUAAAAAAAAUAUUCGCUAGAGAAUAUUGCUUAGUUGAGUAAAAUGUUAUUAAAAAAGACUUAAGAUUACUUAAUAUAGAUUUAGAUAGAACUAUUAUGAUUGAUAACUUAGAAGCUAAUGUAUAUAAAAAUAAUUAGAACUGUAUUAAAAUAAAUGAUUUUUUAGGAGAUUUUAAUGACUGUGAGCUUAUUAGAUAUUCUUAAAUUUUAGAUUAAAUUUAUAAGAGUAAUUUAAAUAUGUAAUAAAUAAUUAAAUAAUUGUAAAUAUGA